UAAUAAAUGCAAUACAUUUUAAGAAAUGAUAUCAUUUUACAUCAUGUUUUACUUUUCUAUAUUGAUAUAGACCUGAUCCGGGAAAAACAAAUGAUGCUCGGUUUCGCUGGCUACAUCCUGAAAUUACAAUCUAACAAAUAAUGUCCUCCGAGUUUCUUCUUUGUCUUUUUCCUAUUGCUGCACACCACCGCGGAAUCGAUCACUCAAAAAAAGAAUACCUGGCUUUAGUCUCAAUGUUGUUUGUAGAAUAUUUAAAUAUAUUCAACGCUGUAGCAACCCGUUUUGCGUACGAACUUCAUCACUUCGAAUGCAGCAGAAACAGUCCACCCCUGUCUGGACCAUAUAAAUACCAGAGCAGACCGCUUGACAGUAAAGAGAGCACCCACUGACUGCAGCCACAGGGACAUUCUCAUUAGCUUCGGUCUUCGAGAGUUAUCGAGACUCCACAGAGAGAAAGAGAACAGUUUCCAGCAUAGCAUCAACCACAGGAACAUCUUUUCCGUUACUGUUCUUGAGGAGAAAUGUCUGAAGUUACCGUGCACCAGAUCUGCCAGCUGGGGUUCCUUACUUACUUGUUUCUGUUUUCUUACAUCUCGGUGACUACAUCAGUAAGCUUAGAUCUAACUGAACUGAGAAACAAAGUUGCAAAGAUUAACGUUAACCCGAGAGGAAACCUAUGGGCAACCGGCCAUUUCAUGGGUAAGAAGAGUGUUCUGGACAGCCCGGUACUUGACUCGCCUGACCAGCAGUCUGUGAACUCGCUCAGGGAGGCUCUGGAUCGCGACAUCAACGUGCAGGAGAUCUGGGAGCUGAUCACACAGGAGGUGCUGAAAAUCGCCCUGAAAGCGCAGCAGCAGGAUACUAGAGUGAAACUAGACGUAAACGACCAGGAGACUGGUUUAUUAAUGAAGAUACUGGAAAGCUACAUUCAAAACACCUGAAAGUGAUGGAAACCCCACCCUCCCCCAAUUCUUAUAUAUAUAUAUAUAUAUAUAUAUAUAUAUAUAUAUAUAUAUAUAUA